UAGAUCACACACAAAAAGACCAUUUCCAACCAGCUUUUAUCAUUAACACAUUAUUUUGAUUCGCCAUAAGCAUCGGGAAACAGACCAGAUCGAGGAACAUUUGUUUUGUGGAAUUUGGAUAUUAUUAUUAUUUUUUAAUAAUAGAAAUAUGCACAUCUUUUAGGAUUGGCGGUUUUAACCUGAGGGAUUCCUCGGACUGAAAGAAAUUAACAAACAAAACCAAAGAUCCACUUGGUAGGACUCGAGAUCCUUUGUGUUGGAAAUUAACAACAUCACCAAUCUUCUUUUUGUGCUGGAAUGAAAACGAAAAUUGCGAUGCCGUUAAGGGGAAUUUGUUUUUGUUCAUUGGGAAUAUUAUAUUUCUUUUUGAACAGUUUUAUUUUUCCAACUGCUGGUUACGUGGUGAAGGGCUGCCAGAUCACACAGAACACACGGGCCAUAUGUAAGAACAGUUUAAAAGUGUUUCCAAUGGAAAUUCCAGAAACAGUCACAUUUAUAGACCUGUCUGGAAACAACAUUUCUAAAUUAAAUAAAAAAGCUUUGGAAAAUUUACCAAAUCUGUUGCACUUAAAUCUGAGACACAACUUCAUCUCCAAGAUUGAAUCUGGCACUUUUGUGGUUCAAAUCUCUCUAAAGGUGAUGUUUUUAGACAACAAUAUGCUUUGUAAGCUACAGGAUGGUAUGUUUGAUGGCUUGGUCAAUCUCAUAGAAUUGCAUCUGACUUCCAAUCAGAUCCAAACAGUAGCACCGGACUCUUUCAUGUCUCUGAGCAAGCUUAGGCAUUUGGACCUAGGCCACAACAAACUGCGCCACUUAACAAAUAUAUUACAACAUACGCCACAUUUACAAUACCUGUUCAUUCCAGCAAACAACAUUUCAAUUUUUCAUUCAUGGGAGCUGUCAAAUAAGUCUACAGAACUUGUUAGACUUGUUUUGUCCCAGAAUGAUUUUAUGUUCUUUAGGCUCACUGCAGAUAUCUUUCCCAACCUCAGAAAGUUGGACCUUGGGGAUAGUAUAAAGAAUGGUAUCGUCUGGGAGGUGAAUGACACAUCGUACCUUGGAAAUGUGUUUACACUAGACAUCAGUGGGGUUCGCUCCUCAUUACAUGGACUGCAGGAAGUGCUCGAGACAUGUCACUCCUCACUGAAGUAUCUGAAGUUAAACCAUAUCAAUAACAACCUGCAGGUUCUCAUCAAUAUUUCCUGCAAAAUCCCAACCGUUAGCUCCUUUGAAAUCCAAAAUAAUGGCAUCAAAGUUAUUACAGUGGACAUGCUGCACUUGUGCACUAAUCUGAAAUUAUUGGACUUGGGGAUGAAUGAGAUAACUGACAUCUCUAACAAUUCGUUCAAAUCACUUAGGAAGCUUAAGACUUUAAUCCUAAAGUCUAACUGUCUCACAUCGGUCCCCUAUGCCGUAAGGAAAACUCAAAUCUUAAAACUGGAUCUCAGCUACAAUAACAUCAAUGUUCUUGGCUGUGAUGAUUUUGCCGAUAUGAAACUUCUCAGAAAUCUCCAUCUAUACAAUAAUCCUCUCCUGACUCUCAAGGAUUGUGUUUUCAAAGAUUUGGUCCAAUUAACGGUCUUAAUGUUGCAAAACAGCAGCAUUGAUCAAUUAAACGGCACCUUCAAAAAAAACACACCGAAUCUUGAAGAACUUUCUUUGUCAAACAAUCAAAUAACUGUUCUAGAUCAUGGGGAAUUUAAAGCCCUGAAUUCCCUAAAGAAUUUGGCAUUAGAAGGAAAUAAAUUAAAACGACUUAAUAAGGGGACUUUUUUUGGACUGUCCAGUCUUAGGCAACUUACUCUCCGAUCAAAUGAAAUAACUGAAAUUACAAACGGUGCUUUCAGUCACUUGGAAGCUUUAAAGACAUUGAAUUUGGAGAGCAAUCACAUCAAAUAUCCAUCGGUAAAGCCCAUUACGUAUCCACCAUUUGCUGGGCUUUCACAACUAGACACAUUGUUUAUUUCAAAUCAACACAGAUCUCAUAGGUCCAACUUCCCUCAAAACUUUCUGCAAGGCCUGACAAAUCUGUCAAUAAUCUAUAUACAACGUAACCAGCUUAAAACCUUGCAUCCACACACCUUUAACUAUACUCCUAAUUUGAAUAGGCUCCAUUUGUCUCAAAAUGCUUUCACAGACAUUCCCAACAAUUUGUUUUCCCCGAUUCAAAAACUAAAAAGGCUUCACGUUUCACAAACAAACCUAAGGUCUCUAGAUUUUCUGCUCCAUGCUAACCUCACAGAGCUGGAGUUAUUGCAGGUGGGGAAGAAUACAUUUUCUGUGAUUACAGAGCCAGUGAUGCUGUCUCUGUCAGCCCUUGAAUACCUGGAUUUGCAGGGUAAUAGCUUCACCUGUAACUGUGACAACGCGUGGUUCCUCCAAUGGGUAAUCAACAACAAGCAAACACAAGUGUUUGAUGCGUACAACUUUGAAUGCAACUUCCCACCAAACCUCAAAGGGAGAAAACUUUUGGAGAUUGACGUCCGUUCAUGUACGGUCGAUAUGGGGUUCAUCUGUUAUAUUUCAACGACAUGCGCGGUCAUCAUGACCAUAGCAGUCUGCUUCACCCACAAGUUCCUGCAAUGGCAUCUGGUCUACGCGUACUACCUCAUGCUGGCGUUCCUCUACAACUCAAAGAACAAGGACAAGGGUGCUCAUCAAUACGACGCCUUCGUCUCCUACAACGCAAACGACGAGGGUUGGGUGCUGGGGGAGCUGCUGCCCAAGCUGGAGGACGAGCAGGGCUGGAGACUGUGUCUGCACCACCGAGACUUCCAGCCAGGUAAACCCAUUAUGGAAAACAUAACAGACGCCAUCUAUGGCAGCCGGAAAACCAUCUGCGUGGUCAGUCGUGAUUACCUGGAGAGUGAAUGGUGCUCCAGAGAGAUCCAGGUUGCCAGCUUCCGUCUGUUUGACGAGCAGAAGGACGUGCUGAUCCUGGUGUUCCUGGAGGACAUUCCCAUGCAGCAGCUUUCUCCGUACUACCGCAUGCGGAGGAUCCUGAAGAGACAAACCUACCUGAGCUGGUCCCGCGCAGACGCACACCCAGACCUGUUCUGGGAGAAGCUCCGGCAGGCCCUGGAGACCCUAGAGCACCCAAUGGGUGAGCAUAUACGGCUCACCGUGGAGGACGGACCCCCUGGAGAGAGACCAGACCAUUAAAAGGCUUAG